AUGCUUAAAGCUUUAUCUAAAAUUAAAUUAACAUCUUUAAAUAAAGACGAAAUUAAAGAGGAUAAGAUAAUUAAAUCCAAAUUAGAAAAAUUUGAAAUCGUUUUCUUGAUUGUACUAGAGACCAAAGUUCUAAAUGCAACAGAUGCUAUAUCUAAGAUACUACAGAGCAAACAUGAAGAUAUCCAAAACGCUAGCAAAAUGUUUUCUGCUCUAUUUGAAAAUUUAAAAGGCUUUCGAGACAGUUUUAAGGACAUUAAAAAUGAAGCUAUAAAUUUAGCUCUCAAAUGGGGAACCACAACGGAAUUUGAAGAAAAAUGUAUUUCUCGACCAAAAAAACGUUCUGACGAAAUAUCUAAAUAUUAUGCUAUUGAAAUUUCCGAAGAUCGAUUUAGGAUAAAUACAUUUUACAAAACAUUAGAUAUUGCCAUAGAUCAAGUCUAUAGUAGAUCCACUAGUCUAAGAGUAAUAUGUGACUGUUGUAGAUGUUUAGACAAAGUUUUAAAACAGAUUUAG